GACAAUUGUUGCAGUACAGGGAUAAAAAUAAUUCUGUGUAUUGUUAACUUGCACAGCAUAGAGUAAUUAUUGUCAAUAUUUAUUUUAGCACAUAAAAAAUAUGACAAGGUAGAUGGUGACGUUGACAGUUUUCAUCACCAGAAGGUGACCAUACAAAUGGUUCUAAUGGGAAACGAUAUGAAAUGUUGAUUAUUGUUGAAGUCAAUGACAGUAAAAGUGUUGAGAUGAUUCCUUGUUAGUUAGUCAUCCUCAAGAAUGAUUUCAAGGGCUUUAUCAUGCUCAGGAAAUAGAGGAACUUUCACAAAUUAACACUUCUCAUAUUAUUGUUCAAUAUAAUAAUGAAUAGAUAUUAGUUGUAGGUGUAGUGGCACGGUGGCUCAGCAGGUAAAGUGUUGGCCUCAAAGUUCUGAGGUCCGUGGUUCAAUCCUGCACCUGACUGUGUGGAGUUUGCGUGUUCUCCCUGUACCUGCGUGGGUUUUCUCCGGGCACUCCGGUUUCCUCCCACAUCCCAAAAACAUGCAACAUUAAUUGGGCACUCUAAAUUGCCUGUAAGUGUGAUUGUUAGUGCUGUUUGUGUCGAUGUGGCCUGCGAUUGGCUGGCAAACAGUUCAGGGUGUACCCUGCCUCCUGCCCAAUGACAGCUGGGAUAGGCUGCAGUACUCCCCGCGACCCUUGUGAGGAUAAGCGUCAAAGAAAAUGGAUGAAUGGAUGGAGAGUUGGUGCCCAGUGACCCAACUGAGCAGUUUUCACACUUUGGCCUUGUCACUUGGGCCACUUCUUGCUUUGUGUUGCCAGCAUUUUGGUUUUGGAGUGUUAUGAAUAGAUUAAAAGACAUUUCGAUUCUUUUCAAUGAGGAAAAUUAAUUUCAUGUAAAUGCAAAUGGAGUCAGUCUCACUGUUUGAAGUAUAUUUUUUAUUAACAAAUACAUACACACUUUAAUAAAAGUCAGUUUCUUUCCAGUAUUUCAAUCAAUUAUUCACCGAUUUGAUAUUGACAAAUAAAACAUUGGACAAAAUACAUGCAUGCUCAAGAAAAUUAUUUCAUUUUGGAGCAAUUGGUGAAUAACUAAUUCCCUUUUGAACAAUUAUGUCAUGCUCCUGGCUUCUUGCCCAGGCUGGGCAGGGCCAGCCAAUUAGCCAGAGCGCACCUGCACCUUGUUACAGCUGAUGACGCCCGGUAUAUAUAGGACUUGGGGGUCGACUUGUCCUCUGCUAGAUCGUUGUCCUUGAUGCCUCGUUCCCGUGACGCACUGUGACUGCUUUCAUAGAUUCUGGGUCGGACGCAAACCUGAUAAAUCCCCGCGUGGUCGAGGAGCUGGGGGCAGCAACUUUCCCCACAUAACGGCUUCGUAACGCCUAUGCCGCCAACGGCAAGUUCCUUUGUCGGGUUACACAUCGCACUCAGACACUACGUAUGAGCUUUCCGGACGCUCACUCGGAGCGUAUUAGCUUUCAUGUCUUCAACGCACGUAGUAGCGACAUCAUCCUGGGCAGCCCGUGGCUCAAAGAACAUAACCCGCACAUAGAUUGGUCAGAUCAAGACUGGGGAGAGGACUGUCGCAGUUGCUGUUUCGCUGUCCAGGAAAACAAGGAUAUUCAAGUCGCGUCGGUUUGGCUAACAGAACCUAGUACCGCCCCGGAGCUGACCGCGGUGCCCUCCUGGUACCAUGAUCUCCGGGAGGUCUUCUCUGAAUCUAAGGCAAAGUCUCUGCCGCCACAUCGGUCAUACGACUGCACGAUUGAACUCCUGCCAGGCACCUCUCCUCCCAGAGGGAAACUGUUCUCGUUAACAGGACCAGAGCAUCAAGCCAUAAGGGACUACAUCGAGGACUCGCUGGCAGCUGCACUCAUUCGCCCCUCAUCCUCACCAGCCGGUGCGGGGUUUUUUUUUUGUCAAGAAGAAGGACUCCACGCUGCGACCCUGCGUCGACUACCGAGGACUGAACGACAUCACAGUCAAGAACAGGUCAGGGAGGUGCUCCGGCGUCUGUUGCAGCACCAGCUGUUCAUAAAUCUGGACAAGUGUGAGUUCAACCGAGCGUCCGUGUCCUUCCUGGGUUUCGUCCUGGCAGAGGGGGAGAUGCGUAUGGAUCCUGGGAAGGUCGACGCGGUGCUGCGUUGGCCUACCCCCGCCAGCAGGAAGGACGUAGAGAGGUUCUUAGGAUUUGCGAAUUUCUACAGGAGGUUCAUAAGGAACUUCAGCUCCGUGGCCGCUCCUCUGCGCGUGCUCACCUCGCCACGCAACGUCUUAGUGUGGUCCAGGACCUGCCAGGUGGCCUUUAACAGGCUUAAGGCAAGUUUCACCGCGCGCCUGUCCUCAUUGUUCCAGAACCAGAUCGCCAGUUUAUGGUGGAUGUUGACUCAUCUAAUUCAGGAAUCGGAGCCAUCUUGUCUCAGAGGAGUCCCAAGGACGGAAGGAUCCACCCGUGCGCGUUCCUGUCUAGGAAGCUGA